AUGUCGGAAGUUUUACUUCUUUUCGACGUUGAAAGAGAAAAUACAGUAUGUUCACUCUUCGGAGUGAACACGGCAUCGUCCCUAAAAGCUUUACGAGCUGCAGUAACAGAUCAAGUUUCUGAGUUAAUUCCAGAACAUUUUCUGUUUGCACGGGAUGCGACACAACAAAUCCCAAAAUCUGCAGAAGAUUUUUUAAUUAUUAAUAGCAUUACAUCACGAGAUAGUGUUGGAAACCUCACGGUAAAAUUCUCUGACAUCAGCUCCUAUAGUAGCGACAAAGAAGCUGCAACUGAAAGCGGAAAUUUUGUGUCAAAUGACGGAACCAAGUUUAGCGACAAUUGUAGUCAACAAGAAUGCUUUGAACGCAACAGAGAUAAAACUUCCGUUAACCAGGCUCUUAAAUCACCUACCUCUUGGUCGAUCAGAGGAGUUAAGGGGGAGCUUCACCUCAAAAUUUGGUCGAUUAGGAUGAAAAUGUCAAAAUGUCUAAAACAUCAUGAUAGGAUACCUAAACAUGUAUUUUAUCAACUAGUGAAGUCUUUAUUUAAAUUUCCAUACUUUUUACGGAAAAAAAUAGACUUUAGAGAAAGGAUGUGA